CGUACAAAAUUAUAGAUCACUUUUUGUUCAUUAAACCAGAAAACCAGAAGUCAUUGACCACCACCAUAACCUAGACUUUCCUUCUUUUCCAUUUCCAUUACUUUCCCGAGAAAAUCCUAUUCUCACAGCUUGACUCCGGAAAUUAAUCUGAUUGACUCAUAAAUAGAUAGAGGGGUGGCGAGCGAGUGAGCUAAGUCUUUCUUAAUGGGGGAUCAACUACAGAGUCUGGGGUCGGAGGCCGAAGGGCUCGAAUCCAACGUCAAGGACGAGCUUUGCAUGGAUAUCGAUCCUCCGUUCAGUGAAAACUCCGCCACCGCCGACGAUUGGAGGAAGUCACUCAGCAAAGUUGUUCCUGCCGUGGUCGUCCUCCGGACUACGGCCUGCCGCGCCUUCGACACUGAGGCCGCCGGUGCCAGCUACGCUACCGGCUUCGUCGUCGACAAGCGUCGCGGGAUAAUCCUCACCAAUCGCCAUGUCGUCAAGUCUGGUCCUGUAGUUGCAGAAGCUAUGUUUGUCAACCGUGAAGAAAUUCCAGUGUAUCCUAUAUACAGGGAUCCAGUCCACGAUUUUGGUUUCUUUCGUUAUGAUCCAGCUGCAAUACAAUUCCAUGUCUACGAGGAGAUUCCUCUUGCUCCUGAGGCUGCUUGUGUUGGACUGGAAAUUAGGGUUGUCGGGAAUGAUAGUGGUGAGAAGGUGUCUAUAUUGGCUGGUACCCUUGCUCGGUUAGAUAGAGAUGCUCCUCACUACAAAAAGGAUGGUUACAACGACUUUAAUACUUUUUAUAUGCAAGCUGCAUCUGGGACUAAAGGUGGUUCAAGUGGUUCUCCUGUGAUUGAUUGGCAAGGGAGGGCAGUGGCUUUGAAUGCUGGUAGCAAGUCAUCAAGUGCAUCGGCAUUUUUUCUACCACUGGAACGGGUUGUAAGGGCAUUGAAGUUUUUUCAGAAAGGCAAAGAUCUUUCUUGUAAUAAAUGGGAAGCAAUUUUCAUACCUCGUGGAACACUUCAGGUGACGUUUCUUCAUAAAGGAUUUGACGAGACACGUCGACUUGGUCUUCAAAGUGAAACUGAGCAGAUGGUUCGACAUGCAUCACCACCUGGUGAAACUGGAAUGCUUGUUGUUGACUCUGUUGUGCCUGGUGGCCCAGCUUAUAACUGUUUGGAGCCUGGUGAUGUUCUUGUUCGUAUGAAUGGCGAAGUAAUCACCCAAUUCCUAAAAAUGGAGACCUUACUUGAUGACAGUGUUAAUCAGAAGGUUGAAUUACAAAUUGAAAGGGGUGGUACAUCACUGAAUGUAAACUUAACGGUGCAGGAUUUACAUUCAAUAACCCCUGAUUAUUUUCUAGAAGUUAGUGGCGCAGUAAUUCAUCCUCUUUCGUAUCAACAGGCUAGAAAUUUUCGUUUUAAUUGUGGCCUUGUAUAUGUUACAGAACCAGGAUACAUGCUCUUUAGAGCUGGAGUCCCACGUCAUGCCAUUAUUAAGAAAUUUGCUGGUGAAGAAAUAUCACAACUUGAGGAGCUAAUUUUAGUUCUAUCAAAGCUUUCUAGGGGUGCUCGGGUGCCAUUAGAGUAUGUUAGCUACACAGAUCGUCACCGUCGGAAGUCAGUCCUGGUGACAGUAGAUCGCCAUGAAUGGUAUGCUCCCCCUCAAAUCUAUAAGCGUGAUGAUAGCACUGGUCUUUGGAAUGCCAAGCCUGCUUUUCAACCUGCCUCUAUUCUACCAUCGUCUGUGAAUGGCCUUGGAGUUCUUUCUGGCCAGGCAGUCCCACUAAGCACCGAGGGCACCUGUAUGGAGCACAUGAAUCAAGACAACCUUGAAUUGACUGAUGGUCAUGAUGUUACAAGUAUGGAAACCAAUUGUGAAUUUGUCUUUGAUGAAGCAAGUUCUCGGGUUGAAGUUGAUCUUGAAGUGAAGAAACGACGUGUGGAAGAGGAGCUGUCUGCAGAUGGGAGUCUUGUUGCUGAAUAUACCGUGCCUGGUACAAGAAAUGCUAAACUGGAGGGUCCAAUUACAAUGGAAAAUGCUAUGGUGAGGGAAUAUCAAGGUGCAACUCCUGUUGCUGCUAAUGCUUCAUUUCCUGAACGUAUGAUAGAACCCACUUUGGUUAUGUUUGAGGUUUAUGUGCCUCCAUCAUGUAUGCUUGAUGGUGUCCAUUCACAACAUUUUUUUGGCACUGGUGUAGUAAUAUAUCAUUCAGGGAACAUGGGAUUAGCUGCGGUAGACAAGAACACAGUUGCAAUAUCAGCAUCAGAUGUGAUGCUGUCAUUUGCAGCAUUUCCCAUUGAAAUUCCAGGAGAGGUAGUUUUUCUCCAUCCUGCUCACAACUAUGCUCUUAUUUCAUAUGAUCCCUCUGCUCUGGGACCUGUUGGUGCCUCAGCUGUUCGUGCUGCUGAGUUACUUCCUGAGCCAUUAAGUCGUGGAGACUCAGUAUAUCUCGUGGGUUUAAGUAGAAGCCUGCAAGCAACAUCACGGAAAUCCAUUGUUACCAACCCGUGUGCUGCAUUAAAUAUUGGCUCAGCUGAUUGCCCACGGUACAGAGCAACCAAUAUGGAAGUAAUUGAACUUGAUACUGAUUUUGGUAGUUCAUUUUCGGGUGUCCUGACUGAUGAGCAGGGAAGGGUCCAAGCUAUAUGGGGAAGCUUCUCAACUCAGAAAAAAAAACGCUUAAGGAAACAAAUGCUAAAGUUUGGAUCGACCACUUCAGAAGAUCAUCAAUUUGUCCGAGGCAUCCCAAUUUCAACAAUCAGCCAAGUUCUUGACAAAAUUAUAAAUGGUGCAAGUGGGCCUCCUCUUCUCAUAAAUAGUAUUAAAAGACCAAUGCCUCUUGUAAGAAUUUUAGAGGUUGAGCUAUAUCCUACAUUGCUAUCAAAAGCCAGGAGUUAUGGGCUGAGCGAUGAUUGGGUCCAGAUUCUUCAGAUGUCCUAUUUCCUUCAAGCCAUAAAGUCCAUGUCGCCACACAAUAAGGGUGGUUCAAAUGGGCUAGGCGUGGAGUAUAGAUUAAAAAAAAAUGACAGAGAAAAAAUAAAGUUCAUAUUGCCAUGGCUUCCACCUUCCACAGAAGUUGUCUGGCUAAACCACCCAAAACUUCAAAAGGCUCUAGUUAAGAAAGAUCCAAUCAGACGACAAGUAUUACGUGUGAAAGGGUGUUUUGCUGAAUCAAAAGCUGAAAAUCAAUUAGAGCAAGGAGACAUGGUGUUGGCAAUCAACAAGGAGCCAGUUACGUGCUUCCAAGACAUUGAAAAUGCAUGUCAAGCCUUGGACAAAUACGAUAACAAUGAAGGGAAACUUAACAUGACCAUUUUCAGACAGGGAUGUGAAAUUGAUCUUCAAGUGGGAACUGAUGUUAGAGAUGGAAGUGGCACCACCCGUGCAAUAAAUUGGUGUGGUUGUAUUGUUCAGGAUCCUCAUCCUGCAGUUCGUGCUCUUGGAUUUCUUCCAGAAGAAGGUCACGGCGUAUAUGUGGCAAGGUGGUGUCAUGGUAGUCCAGUGCAUAGAUAUGGCCUAUAUGCUCUUCAGUGGAUUGUUGAAGUAAAUGGAAAGCCAACUCCAAAUUUAGAUGCUUUUGCAGAUGUGACAAAGGGUCUAGAACAUGGAGAGUUUGUUCGUGUGAGGACAGUGCAUCUGAAUGGGAAGCCUAGAGUACUAACACUGAAACAGGACUUGCAUUACUGGCCUACCUGGGAGUUGAGGUUUGAUGCGGAUACUGCAACAUGGCGUCGAACUGUAAUUAAAACACUAGGAUGAAGUAUCACGUAUGCCAAAAUGAGACCGCUUGGGAAGCAGGAGAAGGAAGCUUGUAAAGUACCUUCGAAAUAUUUUUCUCACUCCAUGAUGCCUUGGAGGUUCCGAGUAAUGAAAUCGAAAUAUUACAUUUUGGAAGAGCAUGAAAAUUGAGGCUGAUCAUAUCAUUUUGAGUGGAUGGGAAUAUGGCAUAUUACCCAAAACAGGCAGCUAGCUAUUUAUCAACCUGGGGAAUCAUAAAUUAUAGCAAGAGGUUAAUUUUAGUGGAAAGAAGAUUUAUAUAUUUUAUAAAAGAUACCUGAAGCGAUUUUUACUAGGACCGCAAUAUAUAUACAUAUCAACAAGCUCAUUUUUCGAUUGCCCAUCCCAAUAUUUUAUUUCUUUAAUGAACAAACCUCUUUAUUUGUAGCUUUAUGUUUAUUUGCUCUCAUGGUUUGUUGCUAGCAUUUUCUGUGGUGUUGAAAAUUGAUCUUUCUACAAUGUGUGAAAUGGGAUAAGAAUUUCUUUAUCUGAUAAAAAUUGCAUCUCCUUUGCGUGCGUGUAA